GUAUACCGCGCGACGCGCGUUCGACCGCACGACGGGUCGAUCUCGCUUCGGAGACGCAUGGUUAGCGUAAAUGUCAAACUUUAAACCGUUCUUGUCAAAUUGGUGCGUGUGAAUUGUGGCCAAUGGCACCUCUCGGAUGACAAUGUACGAUCUUGUGUGUUCCCGUCUUCAAGCGCACACGGCCAGUGCUAAAAGAGUCCUGAAUUAUUCAACGGAAUAUUUUACGUCCAAAAAGCCGAUUGCACCAUACACGUUCCUAGACAUAAUGCAAGAAAGAUUACAAAGACCUUUCUGACUGGAUUCGAUUAAUAAAAAUGCCAGUCAACCGUAUUCCAACUAGGGUAAUGGAUUUAGAAUUAAACCGGAACAUUUAGCUUAAAGAAAGAGUGACGUAAAGCAUGUAAAUUAAAUCGAAACUUGAUGACAAUAGAUUCUGAAGGUAGCGUCGGUAGCCGAAACGUGAACCGUCAUUGAAAUUAUGUUCGUUAGACCGUCUUAGGACUAGUUGAUUGAUAGAAAUGUUGCCAAAAUAGGAAUAAGUAGUUAAGUGAUAGUGAUGAUGACGUCACUGCUGCGUUUUCUGUUGCCGGCGACGAUCGUAGCGCUAGCGACCGGCACGGGAGAGUGGAGCGAGGAUGCUGAAGACUUAGUGUCAACAGUGGACGUGGACGCAGUGCUGGGCCGCACGGCGUCGCUGCCCUGUGACGUCACGCCGGACACCAACGAAGACCGCGUCUACAUGGUGCUCUGGUUCAGGAAGAGUGGCGGCAAGCCUAUAUACAGUUUCGACGUUCGUGGCCGCUCGUUCAACAAAGCCUUGCAGUGGUCAGACCCAGGCGCGUUCGGCCCACGCGCAUAUUUCGCGACCGUCGCCAGACCAGCUGCCUUAUCGCUCAGCUCGGUUCAGCUUGAUGAUGAGGGCGUCUAUCGCUGCAGGGUCGACUUCAAGAAUUCCCCCACCAGGAACUUCCAGAUUAAACUCACUGUUAUAGUGCCGCCCCAUCAGAUGCUGUUAUACGACAAGUCUGGAGCCGACGUGUCUGGCGUGGUCGGACCUCAGGAGGAAGGCUCAGCUUUGGUUCUAGUUUGCGAAGUACGCGGCGGUCGUCCAGAACCAGUGGUAUCGUGGCUGAUCGAUGGAUCCCCAUCUCCACAGUACAUCGGCGUGAAGACUGAUACACACGUUGUGGUGAACCGGCUGGAGCUGCAGCAUCUGAAGAGGGAGGACCUCAAUAGGACCUUCAAGUGCCGGGCGGCUAACACGCAUCUAGUGCCGCCACAGGAGAAGAUUGUUAGGCUGGAGAUGAAUCUGGCUCCCGUGUCAGUGGCCCUCCUGAACCGACCUCAGCAACUCAUAGCGGGGUCGGCUUCCACUUUGAGGUGUAUUGCUGAAGGCAGCAGACCCUCAGCUGAAAUAACCUGGUUUAAGGAUAACAGGAGUUUUGAAAAGGAGAAGGUAACCCAAUAUUCAAAUGAAACACUGUCAAUAAGCACCCUAGUAUACUCUCCAACGCCAUCAGACAACGGCGCGGUGGUCAAGUGCGUCGCUGUCAACCCCUCGCUGCCGACCAAAGCGAUCGAUGAUCACUUCUCGCUCAAUGUUGUAUACAGCCCGCUAGUGACUCUAUCGCUGGGCAGCACGCUGAACCCUCAUGAUAUCAAAGAGGGAGAUGACGUCUACUUCGAGUGUAACGUACGCGCCAACCCUAGGGAACAUCGGAUAUCCUGGUAUCAUAAUGACAGGCCGGUGACGCAGAACAUGUCAUCAGGUAUCAUCCUCAGCACGCGGUCGCUGGUGCUGCAGAAGGUGACCAGACAAGAGGCGGGGGGGUACUCCUGCAGAGCGGCCAAUACAAGGGGGGAAACGUCCAGUGACGUUGUCCGGUUGAGGGUGCAGUAUGCUCCAGUAUGUGGGGAUUCGUCUCCACAAGUAGUGGGAGCAGCGUUGGACGAGGCGCUGCGCGUGCGUUGCUCGGUGCACGCCGACCCCUCUGAAGUUACCUUCUUGUGGCAAUUCAACAAUAGUGGAGAGAGCUUCAAUGUUUCGCCCGCUAGAUACGGCACAGUAAAUGGCAGUAUCAGUGAGCUCCGGUACACCCCAGCUAGCGAGAGAGAUUACGGCGCAUUGACAUGCAGAGGCGCUAACGCAGUAGGUCGCCAGGAGCAACCGUGUGUCUUCCAAAUAGUUCCUGCAGCUCGCCCGUCUCCUCCACGCAACUGCACAGUAACGGCCGGCAACAACUCGAAUUCCAUUGAAGAUGACCACGAAGACAUGGGAGACGCCCUCGUAGUCCGUUGCGUCGCCGGAUACGACGGCGGUCUACCCCAGCUGGUCGUGCUGGAAGCCCUGGACUCAGUCAGCGGGAAGAUAAAGUUUAAUGUCACUGCCAAUGAGACUGAUGGCGUCGCAAUGUUCUUAGUGCCAGCUGCCGUUCUGUACAUAAGUGGCAAUUCACUUCGCCUCACAGUACAUUCAAGGAACGAUAAAGGCGCAUCAGAACGAAUCAUGGUUCACGCACUGGCAUACCAGGAUCCCGAGAGACGAACUGAUGGAAGUAACGGGCUAAUGGCAGGGGUAAGCAAGUCGACAUUUUGGAUGAUCAUCCUCACCGCCAUCAUAUGCGCAGGCGCCGCGAUUUUCACAGCAUACUUCUUAAGGAAAAAAAGGGCUGGGACCCCAGCAAAACAGCAGUCUUCAGAGCUUCAGCUAAACGCGGGCGAUGGCCAGUAUGUGGUUGCCUUCACCCUGAAACCUCCGAAACAAGCUCAGCCGGACAUUUUAAAUCCACAACCUGAUGCAGAUCCGCCAGAUGCAAAAUGCGUAGAGGCAAGCCGAAAUGGCGGCGUCCAAGAUACGGAGUGGACGAGUGGACUCGGCCACCACACGGAAGAUUCUAGAAACGUUUUAUCUCCGCCAAGGACGUCAAGCAAAGUCACGACAAACAACAUGACUUUGAGUAGGAGAGAGCAUCUCAUAGCAGAAGAAAUUCCCGGUCCCGAGAGUUGUGUAUAAAAUAAAAAAAUGUAUAAAUUUGUAAUUUUUGUACAUAGUAAUUGUAUUUAAUGACUGUCAAAUUGUGAUAAACGUAUUGUAAAUAAAUAACGAAUCAAAGAAAUAAAGAGAAGUGCUAAAGUAUAA